AUGACUUUCAAGCGAAAGAAUGGAGGUCGUAACAAACAUAGACGCGACCAUGUCAAGUUCAUCCGCUACUCUAACUGUGGAAAAUGCUGCCCUAAGGAUAAAGCCAUCAAGAGGUUCCUUGUGAGGAACAUUGUUGAACAAGUUGUUGUACGUAAUGUUCAGAAAUCUUGUGCUUUUGAUUUGUACACUCUUCUUAAGCUCUAUUUGAAGAUGCAGUAUUGUGUUUCAUGUGCAAUUCACUCCAGGGUGGUUAGAGUCUGUUCUCGUACUGAUAGGAGAGUUCGUGAGCCUCCACAACAUUUCAAGCCCAAGGAAUGA